AAACGCGGUAGCACAGCAGUUUGCAUCGCGUUCAAGCCAAACAUGGAUUUAUAACUUGAGGACACUGUCGGGCAAUUUGUAAAUAAUUAUUGCUGUCGAUAUAUAGCAACUAACGACUUUGGAUCAUGAAUUUUAUCGCGUAAGAAGAUAACGGACGUUAUUUCGAUCUGCGAUGCGAUAAUAAGUAAACCGCGGUUAUUUUUACGCUGUGUAAUAAAACGGAGCCAUGAAUUCGGCGAAGAGUAACGGCGAGACCGGUCACGGGCUGGAGGACCUUGAUAUACCGGGACAGGUGUAUUUGAGAGACGCUUUAACAAGUUGUACAGACCCACUGAAAGCCAUCGAGACAUUUCAGCUGGAAAAUGGCAUAUUGCUGCCGUCGUUGCGGCCCAUGCUGCCCCUCCUCGAUCUGCACGGCGUUCGCAGGCUGGACUUCCACGCCUCCGUUCUCGAGGAGCUGCGGGAGAAGCUGAUCAAGCAGAUCGACGAGAUCGGCGUGGAGAGGGCGGACAAAGGUGCCGCCGGGGACAAGAGACUGAAGGAAUUGCUGUCGAAGAGCUUCCCCGCCGUCCGGGUCGCCGCCCUGCGGCCCGUCGUCAUGUGCAUCCUGAGAAACACUCCGCACAUCGAGGACAAGUACCUGAAGGUGCUGGUCAGGGAGAGAGAGCUGUACAACGACGCCGAUACGGAGGUGAAGCGGCAGAUAUGGAAGGACAAUCAGAGCCUCUUCGGCGACGAGGUCUCCCCGCUGUUCAGCCGUUACAUCAUCGAGAAGGAGCAGAUUCUCUUUGAUCAUCGCAACUUGAACAGCCUGUUUUUCACUCCGUCUCCCAAGGUGAGACGGCAGGGAGAGGUCGUACAGAAGUUAGCCCACAUGAUCGGGCACAGCGUAAAAUUGUAUGACAUGGUGCUGCAGUUUCUGAGGACUUUGUUUUUACGCACAAAGAAUAUUCACUAUUGCACUCUAAGAGCAGAGCUGUUGAUGGCGUUACAUGACUUGGAGGUGCAGGAUAUCAUCUCUGUGGAUCCAUGUCAUAAGUUCACUUGGUGUCUGGACGCAUGCAUCAGAGAAAAGAAUGUGGAUGUUAAAAGAUCUCGCGAGUUACAAGGCUUCCUCGACAGUAUUAAGAGAGGACAGGAGCAGGUGUUAGGGGAUCUAAGUAUGAUUUUGUGUGAUCCCUAUGCAGUAAACUUUCUCGCUAGCAGUGCAAUCAAAAUAGCGCUUCAUCUGAUAAACGGCGAGGCGCUGCCCAGAGAAAACGCAGUGCUUGUAUUAUUGUUGAGAAUGCUCGCGCUAGGACUGUCCGCUUGGCAGAUGAUCGAUUCGCAAGACUUUAAGGAGCCAAAACUGGACAGUCAGGUUGUCACAAAGUUCCUGCCGGCACUUAUGUCGCUCAUGGUUGAUGAUCAAAUAAGGCAGCUCAACUGUAGACUUCCGCCUGACGAGAGGGAAAGUGCAAUCGCGAUUAUAGAACAUUCUGGACCACCUCCCGAUGCGUGCCAAGCGUAUGCUCAGCUUUCUGGAGUGGCGGCAGUUCUGUCCAUGUACUAUGCAUUACACGUCGGUGGUGGUGGUGGAGUUGGGAGAGCUAGGGGAGAUGCCAGAGGUUUGAUGAGGGUACUAGCGACAUUACCAAAUUGUCAAGCGCAACGGGCGUUUGAAGAUCCAUUUCUACACACGCUGGUUUCGUUAUUAAUAUUGAACAUGGCUGACGAGUUCUCGAACGAGUCUUUCUGCACAGUAAUUUUUGAUGAAUUCUUCUUGGCCGGUUUAGGUAGAGAUAACGUUACACGACAUCUGUUGAAAUUACUUUGGUACAUAUAUCCUAAAUUGCCGUCCGCGCGAUUGCAUUCGUUGUUGAAAGCCUUACAACCGACGAGUCAGCAUAAUGAAGCAGUCCACAGUCUUUAUGAAUCUCUACGUGACAAAGUGGGCAGUCAUUCUACAGAGGACCAAUUAGCAGCGACAGCUCAAAUAGACCCGUUAAGCAUCGAUUGUUCUCCUUCAGUGUUUACUGGAAUGCCGUCAUCGACAUCGAGCACGCUUUAAUAUUUAAUUCAAGAAAAGUAAAAAAAAGAACUGAUUUGAGCUUCCUCAGUUUACAAGUACAAGAAGGAGUGAUCACUGUGAUGUGUACUAUCAUUGAUAUAUCUCGGUAAUUUAAUUUUUUGAUACAUCUAAUUUAAUUUUGACAAUAAUACAUAUCCAUGAUUUCCCGAAAAAA